AUGCUAUCAUCUUUUGUCUACGUUGGUGCAAUGAUUCUUCUAUCACCAAUCUUUAUUUCAACUGCACUUGAUGUUAAACAAAGGCCAUCAGUUGGAGUUAUUCGUUGGGAUGCUUGGAAUCAAGUCCAUGGUCAAUAUGAUGAAAUUUCAUAUUACGUACAUCGAGAUUUAAGUCCAACAGAGUUUCAUUAUCGUAUUCCAUUUUAUGUAUCUGUUGUUUCACCAAACAAUAUUUCAUUUAAUGCGGAUCAACAAAGUAUAAUGGAUCAAGAAAUUCUUUAUGCAAAACAUGCAGGUAUUGAUUAUUGGGCAUUUGAUACAUACUGUGCAUUUGGACCUACUUGUGCCACAAAUAAUUCAUAUUGCCAGCAAUAUUAUAUACAAACAUCCCAUCUCUAUUGUCCAGAAAAUCCAGCUUAUGGAUUAAAUUUAUUUCUUUCCAGUUCAUACAAAUCUUUGUUAAACUUUACUUUAGUUCUACUUGGUUCAUCUCCUUGUGAUGUUAUUUUUCAACAACAAUACAUUAAUCUCAUGAAACAUCCACAAUUUCAAACUGUUAAAGGAGGUCGACCACUUCUUUAUUUAUUUCAAUUUGAUGAUGCAGAAGCAGAGAAGUGUGCUGGAGGAUGGACAGAAAGUGGACAAAUUUUUCAACAGUUUAGACAAUUGGUCAUCAGUCAAGGACUUCAAAAUCCCUAUCUGGUUUUGAUGGAUUUCAAUGUUCAAAGAGUUCAGUCACAUGCUUUAUCACUUGGAUUUGAUGCCAUUUCAACAUAUGCACUACCUGGUGGAACCAAAGAAGGAACUCCAUUUGUCGAAUUACUUCAUUCAGCUCAACGAUGGUGGCAAUCUGCACAUCAGAUUGGAGCUACGAUGGUUCCAAUAACUCCCACUGGCUGGGAUUCUCGUCCACGUGCUGCACAACCUGAUCCAUGGGUCCAUGAAGGCCCGGAGCAUUAUCUUCAGCCAAGCGUCGAAGAAUUACAGCAACUGAUUCAAAGUGCAAUUAAUUUUACAUGUCAAUACAAUGACACAGUUGAUGCACAAACAAUCAUCAUCUAUGCAUGGAAUGAAUGUACUGAAACCGCUGCAUCACUUGUGCCAACGCUUGGAAAUAGUACAUUGUAUGUCGGCACAAUGUCCAAGAUGCUUCCAAUGUACUGUUGAAAUAUUUUUGUUGUUGAUAUAUGUCAGAGAAUCAAACACUUUUUUUCCCAUUUAAUCAAUUAAACAAUAGCUGUUCAAUAAUAUACUUAGGGAUAUCCAAAAGUAGUGGCAACGACAUUUUAUUACCAUAUUUUACGGUUGAUAAAAAAAUUCUUUUUACAUAGGAUGAUAGAGCGGAAAAUGCUCUUUCUUUCUAUGCUGUUUGGUCGUACUUUGCUUGAUAUCAUAAUAACGAAAUUCUAAUAAAACUAGUUUGUCUAACAUGUGUAUCGGUUACAAAAGUUCACAGUGUCUCCAAUAUGCAUUCUUUUCGUGAUCUUUUCUUUGUUUUUCUUCUUUUCUUUAUUCUUUUCUCUCGUCUCUUCUGAGACUUUAUCGUUCAUCAUCUAAAUAUAAAGAUGCAAGCCUCUUUUUGAGCACAUGCCAUGCACUAUUCGAUUCGA